UUUUUUUUUUGCUUUCUUUUCCCUCCCUGCGCGAGCUGAGCCAUGCCUGUACCGGAUAAUUGUUUUUACUGCAUUCAACAGUGUUUCUCAGAAGCAACGGGUCGAAAGUCCGGACUGUGACAGUGGAGGCUCUGCAGGGACAAACUAAUGCCUCCUUCUUCUUUCUGAGAAAGAAGGCUGAGCUAUCACGAUCCUUACUGUGAAGAUCUCACCCGUGUAUUUUUUUGACGAUGCCGGGUUGGACACUUUCACCGUGUAGCUGCGAGCUGUGAGAAUUCUUGUGGAAGAAGCAUCUUAUUGUGCGUGUUUGAUUUUUGUGCCGCUGGAUGGAAAAUUCGAAAACACCGAAAGCCCUAAAAGCAAAAGAAAGAAACGAAAGUGAGUUUUCUUCUUCUUCCAGGGGGGUUCGAAAAGCGACCCCCCUCCUUUCUCUCUCUCCUCAGCAUUCCCUCAGUCAGUCGACGGAUUUUUUUUUCCAUUACAGCUCAGUAGAGGGUGUCAGAUCUUUCUUAGAGCACCGCGCUAGGAUGAACGCAGUCUCCGCGUUCCUCUUUUUGUGAUUCCUGAAUUUGCCACAAAAAAGAAGAAGAAGAAGAAGAAGAAGAAGAAGAAGAAGAGGGGGGAGAAAAGGAGAGGGAGUGAGAGAGAGAGAGGUUGUAGUUGGUGCUGGUGUUGAGGAGAAGAAGAAGAAGAAGGGAAAAAAUCGGCGCAAACGAGCCAGGCGAGACGCCGAGGGAUGUGAGGGGGGGAUGCCGGUGUUUUGCAGUGGUGGGACCGCCUGUGAAGCCCCAGCGCUGGGAGUGAAUUCAGCACCGGGGGGAGAGCGGACAGCUCCCGACGAAGCCGCCACCGCCGCCGCAGCGCUCAGUAACACAACCGGUGGGAGGAAAAAGCCACGGAUUUGUUCGUUUUUACCCCCCCACCACCACCACCUUCCCCCCUCUCUCCAUCACUGCCAAGGUCAGUGUUAAACGAACUGAAAAAGCAAAGAAAAAAACGAAAAGAUGAGCCGGACUCCGCUGACGCUCUUUUCUUUCCGCUUUUCUUCCGAUUAUAUCCCCGAACCUUGCGAGGCUGUGAGGACUCGGUCGACUUGAAAGAGACGUUUAUGUUUGUGUUUUUGGAUUCGUGGGGGGAACAGAGAGGAAACAAAACUGGAAGAGUGGACACGAGAGCAGACCAGACCCCCAGCUCGCGCCGCGUCUUGAAUCCGGGAAUGAGUCGUCCACGUUGAAAAAAUGCUGCUUUGGAUCGUCCUGCUGAAAGCCGCUCUUUGUCUCGCCAGUGGGAACGUUACAAGGGACGUUUGCAAGGAGCAGAUAUGCUCCUGCAACGAGGUGGAGGGAGACCUACACAUAGACUGCGAAAAGAGGAGCUUCACCACUCUGCAGCAGCUCACCGGCCCCAGCUCGCAGUUUUAUCACUUGCUGCUGCACGGGAAUUCUCUCUCUAGGCUAUUUCCCAACGAGUUCGCCAACUUUUACAACGCCGUGAGUCUGCAUUUGGAAAACAACGGCUUGCACGACAUCGUGCCCGGCGCCUUCCUGGGACUUCAGCUGGUCAAGCGGCUGCACAUCAAUAACAAUAAGAUCAGAUCGUUCAGAAAGAGCACGUUUCUGGGCUUGGACGACUUGGAAUAUCUCCAAGCAGAUUUUAAUCUACUGAGGGAUAUUGACCCCGCCGUUUUCAGGGACCUAAAUAAACUUGAAGUGUUGAUACUUAACGACAACCUCAUCAGCGCGUUGCCCGUGAACGUGUUUCAACAUGUGCCCAUUACGCAUCUCGACCUGCGCGGAAACCGAAUCAAAACGUUGCCUUAUGAAGGGAUCCUGGAGCAGAUCCCGGGCAUUGCGGAGGUUUUGUUGGAGGACAACCCGUGGGACUGUAACUGCGACCUGGUUUCGCUCAAGGAGUGGCUGGAGAACAUACCGCGGAACGCGCUCAUCGGGAGGGUGAUAUGCGAGGCUCCCACCAGGCUGCAGGGCAGCGACCUGAACGAGACGUCAGAGGCGGAUCUGUGCCCCUCGCAGAGCGCCGGCGUGGACAGCAGCCUGGUGGCCCCUCCCACCCAAGAGGAGACCUCCAUGGCCCGCGACACGCACCCGACGCCUUACAAGCCCAGCGGAAAUGCCAGCAGGCCCCCGACGCCAGGAGGCCACGGGUCCAACAAGAACCACUCCAAAUCUCGUGAGAACUGGCAGCUGAAAACGAAACCCACUCCAGUGGCGGCAGGUGUGGACAGGGAGCAACAGCAGCUGCGCAACGUGACGUGCCCCGAGCCGUGCAAGUGCAAGCUGGUGGGCUCCAGGCAGGGGCUGGGGGUCAACUGCGAGGGCAAGAAGAUCGAGAGCCUGUCCAACCUCAAACCCAAACCCCUGGCCGCUCACGAGCUCAACAUGAGAGAAAACAACAUCCACGCGGUGAAGAAAAACCAGCUGCUCGGCUACGCGAGCCUCAACUUGCUCGACCUGGGCGCGAACAACAUCAAGGUGAUCGACAACGGCACGUUUCAAAACCAGAGCGAGCUCAGGUGGCUGUACUUGGAUAAGAACUACCUGGACGCGCUGGUGACGGAGAUGUUCGUGGGCCUCGUGAAUUUGGAAUAUCUCAGUUUGGAAUACAACGACAUCCAGCUCGUAGUUGCGGGCGCGUUUAGCCCCAUGCCGAACCUGAGGGUUCUCUUCCUCAACAACAACUUGCUCAAAUCGUUACCCGCGGAUGCUUUCCUUGGGAUUUCUUUAUCUAAGAUCAGCCUGCACAACAACUACUUCCCCUAUCUCCCCGUGGCAGGCGUGCUGGACCAGCUCAACUCGAUCAUCCAGAUCGAUUUGCACGGGAACCCGUGGGAUUGCUCGUGCAAAAUCGUGCCCUUCAAGCAGUGGACGGAGAAGCUGGGGGCCGACGUGAUCGUGAGCGACCUCAAGUGCGAGUCGCCGGAGGAGUUCUGGAAGCGAGACUUCCGCUACGUGCGGAACGACCUGCUGUGCCCCAAGCUCUACGUCUCCCCGACGUCGCUGUCCAAAAACAGCACUUUCGCGCAGGACUCGGGGACGCGCUCGAACUCCUACCUGGAGCCCAACAGGGUCUCCAUCUCGGUGCUCGUGCCCGGUCUGCUGCUGGUGUUCGUCACGUCCGCGUUCACCGUGGUGGGGAUGCUCGUGUUUAUUUUGCGGAACCGAAAGAGGUCGAAGCGGAGGGACGGAAACUCCUCCGCGUCCGAGAUCAAUUCCCUGCAGACUGUGUGCGACUCUUCGUACUGGCACAGCGGGUCUUAUCACGCGGACGGGGGCGCGCACCGGGGCUUCGACUGCAGCACGCAUCUCUCCACGACAAACGAUGCGUAAAAAGGAAAGAUGCCCCCCUCCCUUCCCUGGAUUACAAACACACACACAAAGAGACAGAUACACAUACGAACUUUAUAUUUUAUCCAUUUGAACCAAGUCUGCUGCUGCUGUUGCACAGCCCCCCUGCCCCUCCUCACCCCACUCUGUAAUAUAUGUAUAUGCCAAGCCCCCCCAAAGAAAAGGCUACAACCCACCCCUCCCCUUUUCUCUCUCCCUCCCAGUAGUCGGAUUUUUCUAUUUUGUUUUUGCCGCAAUCGGACCACAUAUCUCUGCAAGACAGAAAAGAGGGGAGAGAGGGAGAAUAACAACAGUAAUAUUAUUAUUAUUAAUAAUAAUAAUAUUAAUAAUAAUAAUAAUUCAAAGAGCGAGCGCGUGUGUGUGGAUUCAAGGACCGAGGACCCGUCCCCGAGGGAAUGGUGCACGAGCGCAUGAAUGUAAAUGUAAAUACUCGGACCCGAUGUAUCAUAAUCUGCAUGAAGAUAUUUCGCAUGGUUUCAACACACACACACACACACACACACACACACACACACACACACACACACACACACACACACACACACACACACACACACACCAGAGAGACGGGCGCGCGACGGAGAGGGGAAACCAUAACCACCACAAACAAGCGUAAAAAGGAGCCAACUCGACCCCUUCUCAUGUUAUAUCAAUAUGACGACUAUAUAUAGAUAUUAAGAGUUAUAUAUGACUAUUACAAAGUGCCAUUUCUCUAUUUUUUUGUGAACCUGCAGUUAGGAUUUGUAUUUGUUGUUUUGAACUUGUUUGGAGAAACAAAAACAUAAAAGGAGGGAUGAAGAGGAGGAAGAGGAGUGUGAUGGAAGUGAAGCUGUCAGUGCAUGUUCUUUUUUUCUGUUUGUUAUCAUUUUUUUUUUGAUUGUCGAUGAAUAUUUGGGGUUAUUUAUACUUAAGUGGCGCAGAUUUUGAACAAAAAGAGAGAAAAAAAAGAAAAAGAAACCCACGUCUGCGCACUCAUCAUCUCCUUUAUGAAUGUAAAACUGUGUUAUUUUAUGGUGUGCCAAUUGUUCAGAUAUUCCGACAUGCAGAUGAGCAUGACCAAUUAACGUCACUCAGAUGCUUAUGCUGCAAAGUUAAUGUAGCUAAAAAUAACAGUGUGUUUUUUUAACCUUAUUUUUUUCUUCUUCUUCUUCUUUUUAUUUAUGUGUCAAUGAAUAUAGCCUGCUUUGGGUGAGAGGAAGAAAACAAAACAAAUAAAUAAACAAAAAAACAUUGCAACAAGUUAAAAAGUUGGGGGUAUGGGGGGUGGGGGGUUUAUACUGUCAUAUUUUUUCAAAAGCAAAGAAGUGUUUUCAAUUGAGCUAAUGCAAUUCGAUGUAAACAGCGAAGGUAGACUGACAUAGAUAGAACGCUGUUUUUUAAUGUCAGGAAAAAAAAUGUAUUCCUCCACAUAAAAGCUUAUGGCUAUGAUUCACUUUCAUUAUAUUGUGAGCUUUUGUAAAGCCAUCUAAUCUUGUCCAAAUAGGAGAAGUCACUGUAUUUAGGACAAAACGUGCUUGAAAGAGGCGGGUUUUUUUGUUUUUGUUUUUUUGUGGCUGGGAGAGAAGUGAGGCAAGCUGGAGCAUUUUACAGCAAGAAAGAAAUCAAAGGUACCUACAUACAAACAUAACGCAGAGGUAACUACAUAAAGCAAGAUGUCUUUUUUUUGCUUUCAAAUUAUUCACUUUUGAACUUGAGCUACUCUUCUUGAAGGGGCCGCAUGGUUUUUGUGAGCUCAUAACAACAAUGCCAUGACUGAAUACCUGUUUUAUUGCUAUUUUCUCUUCCCGGAGCUCAGCUAUUGUCAUGGGAUAUGCUGCUUAUAGCCUAUAUUGCUUUACCUGAAUU